GAGAAAGUAGAUGGAUGGAUCAUGCAGUUUCAAUUUCGGCCGCUUCUUUUUUCAUCCAAAUAGCUAGCCGUCAUCAUCAAUCACAGUCAGCUCAUCGUCGUCUCCUCCUCCUCCUCAUACACUAUCCGUGAAUGCUGCUUGUUUAUGAUACAGCAAGGCCAAGGCGGCAGCAUGAGCAUGUGUUCUGUUUAUAUUUACAUUAUUAUUGUACAGCUUUCGUAUGUGGUGCUUCUUUUUAACGAGCGUUGGCAGUUUGCUAAUCCUCUGGAACGGCAAGGAAUGUGCCAGAAAUUACCGCCGCCAAUAAAUAUCUUCACAGAGAGAGAGAGAGAGAGAGAGAGAGAGGGGUGUUUUGACUUUUACCGGUACUUGUAAUUUUCACGAGGAAGAAGAAUAGAGAUUUCAUGGCUGGUCGUGAAUUUGCUUCUUCUCUGAACCUUCAACGGCGGGUGCUGGUUGUUUGCUUGCUUCCCACUUCUUAUAUAUAAGAGAGCCACAGCCGCAGGUGGGUUUGCUUCGAGCAGAGCACGCAUUGUUUCUUAAAGGGUUUGGUUUUGUUCUCCUCACCCAAUUUGAUUGCUAGGAAAUUUGGAGAACUGGCUCGCUGAGAGAAGAAACUUUUGGAAUUAACCGCCACUUGCUGGGGGCUCGGCUCGAGUAUCGGAUUGAUAUCCAUACUGCAAUACAGUCUCCCAGUCGUUUUGGUUGAAUUUGUUUGUGAACUUGGCGGUGGUCUACUUAUGUUUAUUGUGAUGGGGGGCUGCUGCUGACAGCCAGUCAUUAAAAUUUCCAUCCGCAGGCUAGGUUUCCUGAAUUUGUAGCUAGGGUUUUCGUUGGAAUUUAUGCAGCCAUGCCAUUCAUUUGAAUUUCGACUUUGCUAAAUGGGGGUGCGUGGUAGCAGUAUGCAGUGCUUGUUAGUUUUUGGAGUGGCCGUUUUAUGAUAAUGGUGAGCUGGAAACGGGAUCUUCACCUAUGGGUAGCUCCCACAACAGGAAGCUGCCUGACCUAGGCGGCGUCAGGAAAUCAUGGGCCAAUUGGAGAAAUGCAGAACCUGCAUGCAUGUCGAGCAGGGACUUCUGGAUGCCCGACCAAAGCUGUCGGGUAUGCUAUGAAUGUGAUUCACAGUUCACCAUAUUCAACCGCCGACACCAUUGCCGUCUCUGUGGACGAGUUUUCUGUGCCAAGUGCACCUCAAAUUCAGUGCCUGUUUCUUCUGAUGAGAACAGGACCAGUGGAGGAGAUUGUGAGAGGAUUAGAGUCUGUAGUUAUUGCUUUAAGCAACGGGAACAGGGGACAGCUGUGGCUGGUACCGAGAUGAAUGCAUCAAGCCCGGGCCAUAAUUUGUCCCCAUCGUCAACCCCGAGCCUUAGUCCGUCCCCAUCAUCGGCGAGUUUGGUCAGCACCCAUUCUAGCUGCACCUAUUACAGCAGUGGCAGCAGUAUUAGUUCGACACAAAACUCAACUGCUCCGCACAACCUGUUGCUGUAUACCGGCAACAACAGUCAUCGUGAAUCACCUCAAAUGAAUCCUGACAGAGUUAGGCAAGGUCCUUUAACAUCUCAAGGGAGCUCAAAUUCUAUUGCAGGUGGAGGAGAUCCAUUUCUUAGUAAAUUCAAUUUUCCCAUCAACAGAAGUGAUGAUGAGGAUGAUGAAUAUGGCACUCGUGGUACUCAUUCUGACAUGGGGAAUUUUCCACAAUCUGACAAUUAUUAUGGUGCUGUCAGUUAUGAUAGGACUGACCACCUCUAUGGACCACAUGAAGUCCGUGCAGAUGGUAAGAAUAUUGACACAGAAUGCAGGACUUACUCUAUUUCACCUGGGAGCUCUGGGACACAAGAAUUAGAAGGAUUCGUAAAGGUUGGGGAAGAAGUGGUCAGUUGCAAGAAUGAUGAAAAGUAUAAAGUUUCUCCUAUAUACAGUGCGGACAGUAAGGAUUCUGUACUUGUUGAUUUUGAGAACAAUGCACUACUUUGGCUUCCUCCCGAUCCUGAAUAUCAAGAGGAUGAGAGAGAUGCUGUUUCGUUUGAUGAGGAGGAGGAUGCUGUGGGAGAGUUGGGUUAUCCACAUACUUCAAGCAGCUUUAGCAGUAGGCAGUUCCAUAAUAAGGAUAGGUCAAGUGAAGAGCAUCGAAAAGCCAUGAAAAAUGUAGUCGAUGGGCAUUUUAGAACCUUGGUAGAGCAACUUCUGCAUGUUGAGAAUGUAUCUCUGAGUGUGGAGGAAAAUAAAGAGAAUUGGCUGGAUAUUAUUACAUCUUUGUCCUGGGAAGCUGCUACUCUUCUUAAGCCAGAUACAAGUGAGGGUGGCAGAAUGGAUCCUGGUGGAUAUGUAAAGGUUAAAUGUAUAGCCUGUGGGUGUCCCAGUGAUAGUAUGGUGGUUAAAGGAGUUGUCUGUAAGAAAAAUGUUGCUCAUCGACGAAUGGCAUCAAAAAUAGAUAAACCGCGACUCCUAAUUCUUGGAGGGGCUUUGGAAUAUCAACGGGUUUCUAACCAUCUGUCAAGUUUUGAUACAUUGUUGCAGCAGGAAAUGGACCAUUUGAAGAUGGCAGUGGCAAAAAUUGACGCUCAUCACCCUAAUGUUCUUUUGGUAGAGAAAUCAGUAUCCCGAUAUGCACAAGAAUACCUGCUUGAAAGAAACAUCUCGGUUGUUUUGAAUCUCAAGAGGCCACUUCUAGAGCGUAUAGCUCGCUGUACAGGUGCUCAGAUAGCCCCUUCAGUUGAUCAUCUUACAUCACAAAAACUAGGCUAUUGCAAUUCAUUCCAUGUGGAGAAGUUUCUUGAAGAGCAUGGAAGUGCUGGGCAAAUUGGGAAGAAAUUGACAAAGACAUUGAUGUUUUUUGAGGGUUGUCCAAAACCAUUGGGCUGUACUAUUUUGCUCAAGGGUGCUAGUGGGGAUGAGUUGAAAAACGUGAAGCACAUUCUCCAGUAUGGAGUAUUUGCUGCUUAUAAUUUGGCUCUAGAGACAUCAUUUCUUGCUGAUGAAGGUGCUUCUCUGCCAGAACUUCCUUUGAAAUCUCCAAUAAGCGUUGCAUUACCUGAAAACCCCCCUAGUAUUGGCAGGUCAAUAUCUAUCAUACCUGGUAUCAACGCUUCUGAGACUGGGAAGCCUCAGGAGACCUGUGCUCUUAGUGCGUCUCAAAUACCAAACAACUUGUCAGCUUUAACUUCAGCAGCUACCUUUCCCCCCCAAUGGAAAUCAGACAUGGAGCUAUCAGCAUGCCUCUCACAGAGUCAUACCUCUCAAACUUUGCACUCAGGACCUCCCAUGACUGUUGUGAAACUUGCUGCUUCUCAUGACUCCAUAUGUCCUGGGCAUGACUUCUCAGAUGUUUGUCAAAAGCUGCCCUCCACUUAUCAUGCCACUGAGGAGAGCAGCAAGGUUGGUCUUGAGGAAAGACUGAAUGGAAAUUUCUGGGAGGUAUUGGGAGAGGAUAAUAUAUCUUAUAAUCAUUUUUCCACUUCAGAAGGAAUGGAACAAGGUGUUGGAGGUUGUCAUUCUAAUGGUAAUCUGUUUCCUGCAAAUUGUUUGAGUGCUUCAAAUUUUGCAUCCUUAGCAAUAGAAGGCAAUACUAACAGUGGGGAAGUGGGUUCUCUGAGAGAAGAGUUAUCUCCCUUGCCUUCUGAUCAUCGGAGCAUUUUGGUGUCCUUAACAACACGCUGUGUGUGGAAGGGAACUGUGUGCGAACGUGCCCAUCUCUUUCGCAUUAAAUACUAUGGAUCCUUUGAUAAGCCUUUGGGGCGGUUUUUACAAGACCAUUUGCUUGACCAGAGUUAUCGGUGCCCAUCAUGUGAGAUGCCAUCAGAAGCGCAUGUUCACUCCUAUACUCAUCAGCAAGGCAGCCUGACAAUUUCUGUAAAGAAGCUUCAACAGUUUAUUCUUCCAGGGGAAAGAGAAGGAAAAAUCUGGAUGUGGCACCGUUGCCUGCAAUGUCCUCGGAUGAAUGGAUUCCCUCCUGCCACAAGAAGAGUAGUAAUGUCAGAUGCUGCAUGGGGUUUAUCUUUUGGGAAAUUUUUGGAGCUUAGCUUUUCAAACCAUGCUGCUGCAAGCAGGGUUGCAAACUGCGGUCAUUCACUUCACCGAGAUUCUCUUCGGUUCUAUGGUUCUGGAAGAAUGGUUGCUUGCUUUCGCUACACUACAAUUCAGAUUCACUCUGUGCAUCUUCCAUGCCCAAAACUUGAAUUUAAUUUUAAUAAUCAGGAGUGGAUAAAAAAAGAAGUUAAUGAGGUCAGAAGCAAUAAAGAUCUCUUAUUUUCUGAGGUGCACAAUGCUCUAUUUCAAAUAUCAGAGCAGAUAUUGCAUGACAGUAGCAUGAAAGCACCAGAAUCAAGAAGCAGAGUAGCAGAACUGGAGGAGAUUCUACAGAAGGAGAAAGAAGAAUUGGAGAUGUUGCUACAACAAGAGUUGAACAGGAAGGGUAAACUUGGCCAUCCCAUAAUCGAUAUUCUUGAGAUUAAUAAACUAAGAAGGCAGUUAAUCUUCCAUUCUUAUGUAUGGGAUCAACGUCUGAUAUAUAGUUUAUGCUCAGACAGCAACAAGGUUCACAGUCUGAGCAAUUUGACUGCAAAACUGAAGGAGAAAUAUGUCUCUUCUAUUGACAGGCCUGUUGAGAUUCUUCAGGAUGCUAAAAUUGAUACAAUUAAUCACCAUGGAAAGGUUUGCAUGCUAAACAAACCCAAUGAAAUUCCUAAGGGAAAGAACAAGGAUGGGGAUCUGAAUUGUAGGAAGGAGGCUGCAGAAAAUAUUUUCUUUAGUGAAAAUAUGGAAAAUGAAUUGGACAAUCCAGAGUCUGGAAGAAACCCAAGAAGAGCCCUUUCAGAAGGGCAAUUUUCCAUGGGGACAAACUUAUCAGGCACCUUGGAUUCCACUUGGUCUGGUGAAAAUCACCCAAGAAUUAUAACACCUAAAGAUAAUGGUCAUAGACAUCCUAACAAAGUUGUGGCAGAUUCUUCAAUUGAGGUGGAUACUUUUGCUGCAAACUCAGAUUUGGAGAACUGCACUAAUGGCCAUGAUGGGGCCAAUGUAGCUCAUUCUCCUGCCUCGUCAUUUUCUUUUGAAGAGCCAAGAAAUUCCAUGUGCUGGGUAGGGAUGCCCUUCUUUAAUUUCUAUUACUUAUUGAACACAGACUCUUUGUUAUGUGGUCAAAUUAUUUCCAAAGUUAACAAGUAUAAUCCUGUCUAUAUCAUGUCAUUCAGAAAGCUAGUAUGUCAAGGUGGUGCCCGGCUACUUCUUCCUGUGGGUUUUAAUGAUAUUGUUGUUCCUGUUUAUGAUGAUGAACCCACUAGCAUUAUAUCAUAUGCACUUGUCUCAGCAGAUUAUCAUACCCAGAUAUCCAAGGAGCCUGAGAAACCAAAAGAUGGCAUAGAAUCUUCAUUCUCCUUACCACUCUUGGAUUCAUUCUCCUUACCACUCUUGGAUUCACCAAAUCUGCUCUCACUUCACUCUUUUGAUGAGAUAUCUGCUGAAUCCUUUAGAAGUUUGAAAUCCACUGAUGAGAGCAUUUUUUACACACCUGGGUCUCAGAGCUCAGUUUUGGAGGCACUCUUGUUCACAAAAACUUUGCAUGCCAGGGUAUCUUUCACGGAUGAUGGCCCUCUUGGGAAAGUGAAGUAUACUGUGACUUGUUACUAUGCAAAGAAAUUUGAGGAUUUGAGAAGGAACUGUUGCCCCUCGGAGUUGGAUUUUAUACGCUCACUCAGUCAUUGUAGAAAGUGGGGUGCACAGGGUGGCAAGAGUAAUGUGUUUUUUGCAAAAACCUUAGAUGACCGGUUUAUCAUUAAACAGGUUACAAAGACAGAGUUGGAGUCAUUUAUCAAGUUUGCACCAGCUUAUUUCAAUUAUUUGUCUGAAUCCAUCAGAUCAGGAGGUCCAACUUGCCUGGCAAAGAUCUUGGGCAUUUACCAGGUUUCAUCAAAAUAUCUCAAAGGUGGAAAAGAGUCAAAAAUGGAUGUGUUAGUGAUGGAGAAUCUUCUGUUUGGGCGUAACAUCACAAGGCUGUAUGACCUUAAGGGAUCUUCUCGGUCACGGUAUAAUCCAGAUUCAAGCGGAAGCAAUAAAGUUCUUCUUGACCAAAACCUGAUUGAAGCAAUUCCAACUUCUCCAAUUUUUGUGGGUAACAAGGCAAAGCGAUUGCUGGAGAGAGCUGUUUGGAAUGAUACUUCAUUUCUGGCAGCAAUUGAUGUAAUGGACUAUUCCUUGCUGGUUGGCGUGGAUGAAGAGAAAAACGAGUUGGUUGUUGGGAUUAUUGAUUUCAUGAGGCAAUAUACGUGGGACAAACACCUUGAAACUUGGGUCAAAGCAUCUGGCAUCCUUGGCGGGCCUAAGAACACUCCUCCAACUGUCAUAUCUCCCAAGCAGUACAAGAAACGGUUUAGGAAAGCCAUGUCUUCUUAUUUUCUCGUGGUGCCAGAUCAGUGGUCGCCAACGGACCUUUGCCAAGAGAACUCACGAUCAUAGACUAGAAGAAUAUCCUAGGACUAGGACGUACCUACCCGUCUGCAUUGUUAAUAUCCCUGGACGAGGUCGAACAUCAGUGCCUCCUUUUUCAUACGAAUUACCCUUAAAAACUUUUCUGUUCACUUAAGAAGUUAAUACAAAAUGUUAUAGUUUUGCAAUACCAAGAAGCAUUGGUUUUGGUUUCACA